AUGAGAAAACGAACGUUCUUCUACCUUGUGCAGCGCUACGGUAAUUUGAUAGAGCGAGCCACAACUCACCUACGACGGACAAUUCCAGUGAGCAAGCGCUUUGCAAUAGCGCUGUAUUUCCUAGCACAUGCAGAAACCUACUCAGAAAUUGCUGGAUUGUUCCAGAUCGGCACCAGUACAGUGGCCAGCAUUGUGCAUCAAUUUGUGACAGCCUUGGUGGGACCAGUCACAGGGGACAGUAUUGUCUUUCCUGUGGGACGGCAGUUGAACCGCACCAUGCGUCAAUUCGAAGCAUUGUCCAAUCUUCCCUUCUGUGCGGGUUCAGUGGAUGGAACGUUUAUGAAAAUCCAAAAACCAGAAGAGUACGGUGACACCUAUUGGUGCUACAAGGGCUUCUCAGCUAUCCUGCUGAUGGCAUGCGUUGACAGCAAAGGUCGCUUCACGUUUGUGGAUAUCGGAGCCGCUGGAAGCGUUGGUGAUGCUGGAGUAUUCAAUAACAGCCAACUGAAAGCCAAUAUCAUCAGCAACGUAUGGCUGAAUGCGACGACGGGGAUGUGUGGCAAUGCGGUGGUUCGUCCGUAUCUAGUUGGCGACAGUGUGUUUGCUCUCACUACAACUAUGAUGAAGAUAUAUCAUGACGAUGGACAGCUCACGCCGCAGCAACUCAGUUUCAAUGCCGCUCAGAUCCGAGCACGUCGUGUCGUCGAGUGUGCCUUCGGCCGUCUCAAAGGCCGAUUCUCUGUUGUUCAUGAGUGCAACAUCAAGGAUCCUCACUUUGCUAGCCAGGUUGGCUUGCUGUGCUGUGGACUGCAUAACAUCGUUGAACGCAGGCAUGUUGGCUACUUGCCCCAGCUCGUCAACUAUGAACCCCUUCCACUCGUUGCAGUCAAUUCUUCCCCUGCUGCUGCUAUUCGUGAAGCCCUCGCUGCAUAUGUGCACACACCAUAA